UAUAUAAACAAUAAUUGUUUUAUAUUGGUGUUUUGUGUGAAGUUGCCAGUCGUCGGUCGCGCGUCGCCGCGAUUGGUCGUGUUUACUGUUUAGUGUGAUUGCUACUGUUUUCUCUGUUCAGUGAGUGCGAAGUGUGGUGGAAUUCUGCCAAUUCGUCUAUUUACGGCGCCCGGAAAGCAAACAUGCAGGCGGGCUGGCUGGCGUGGGAGUGCGUGGUGUUCGCACUGUUCGUGUGCCUGUCGUCGUGCGCGCCGCUGUGGCGCCGCAAGCGCGACGCGGCGGCUGCGGCGGCGGCGGGCGACGACGCCAAGCGCGCCUACAUCUUCGCGGGCGGCGGCGUGUCCACGCUCGCCAUGAUCCUGUCGGUGGCGCGCGGCACGCUCGGCGUGCGCUCCUUCCUGGGCUUCCCCUCCGAGCUGGUGUACUUCGGGUCGGCGGUGUGGGAGACGCUGUACGGCAUGGUGCUGGCCUUCCCGCUGGUCUGCUGGCUCUUCAUCCCCGUGUACUACCGCCUCAACACCAACUCCGUCUACGAGUAUCUGCAGAUGCGCUUCGGGUCGCGCUGGGUGCGGCGGCUGGCGGCGGGCACGUUCCUGCUGCGCCAGACGCUGAAUCUGGCGGUGACGGUGUACACGCCCACAGUAGCGCUACACGCCGUGCUGGGCUUGCCACACUGGGCGUCAGCUGCCGCGCUCAGCGCCGUGGCGGCGGUGUUCAACGUGCUGGGCGGGCUGGCAGCCGCCAUACGCGCUGACGUCAUCCAGACCCUCACUAUGGUGUUAGUGAGCGCCGCCUUCAUCGCGCAGGCCACAGUGAGCGUGGGCGGGCCGGCGCGUGUGCUCAGCGACAACAUGGAGGGCGGGCGGUUGCGCUUCUUUCGCUUCACGGGCGACAUGACGACGCGCGUCGACACCGCGUCAGCGCUGGUGGGGCAGCUGUUCAUGUCGCUGUCAGUGUACGGCUGCCAGCAGACGUUCGUGCAGCGCUACUGCUCCAUGGACAGCGAGGCGCGCGUGCGGCGCACGCUGCUGGCGAACGUGCCGGCCGUGGGCGUGCUGUUCAGCCUGUCGUGGCUCGUGGGCAUGGCGCUGUACGCCGUGUACCGCGCCUGCGACCCGCUGGCGGCCGGCCGCAUCGCCGCGCCCGACGAGGUGCUGCCAUACUACGUGCAGGACCAGUUCGCGUUCCUGCCCGGCAUGCUGGGCUUGUUCCUUGGCAGCCUGUUCAAUGGAGCUCUGAGCUUCCUGGUGUCGAACGUGAACUCGCUGUCGACGGUGACGUGGGAGGACUUCGUGUCGGCCGCGCCCGCCUUCCGCGGCAUCAGCGACUCGCAGCAGCUCACCGUCAUCAAGAUCAUCGGCGUCGUGUACGCGCUGGUGAUCAUGCUGCUGUCGCUGGGCGUGGGGCAGGUGGGCGGCGUGGUGGAGGGCUCGCUGCUGGUCACGUCGGCCACGUCGGGCGCGCUGCUGGGCGUGUUCCUGCUGGCGGCGCUGGUGCCGGUGGCCAACGGGCGCGGCGCGCUGGCCGGCAUGCUGUCGGCGCACGCGGUGACGGCGUGGCUGGCCGUGGGGCGCCUGCUGUACGUGGACGACGCGGUGGCCAUGCUGCCACUGUCUGUCGAGGGCUGCGGCAACUCGACGGCGGCGGCGGCGCUGCCGCUGGCCGUGAACCGCACGCUGGCGGAGCUGGCGCCCGUGCUGCGCGCGCUGCAGACCGCGCACGCGCCGCACGCCGCGCCGCACGGCCCGCUGUGGGCGGCGCUGCUGCGGCUGUACUCCGUGUCGUACAUGUGGUACGCCGUGCUGGGCACGCUGGUGUGCGUGCUGGUGGGCGCGCUCGUGGGCGCGGCCACGGGCGCGCAGCACACCGUGGACCCGCGGCUGCUGCACCCGCUGGUGGCGCGCCUGUGCCGCCGGGCAGACAAGGCGCCGCCGCCGCCCGAGCCGCCCGCGUCGCCCGCAGCGCUCCGCACGCGGCUGUGACGCUGUGAUGUGUUCGUCAAAUCGAUUUCAGUACCAAUCUUCUUCUUUGUCGCUGCGCUCUUGACAGAGCGGUCGUGGUCUUUAGGACGUGUUGGAGGCAGAUGUAAUACGCCUCACGAGCAUUCGCCACUUCUCCCUUUGUGUAGUGAGUCGCGUACAUUCAGCACCAAUACUUUUUAAAAAUCGAAUUUAUCACAAUAAUUGUAAUCCGUCGACGCCUGCAAGUCAUCUCCGCCGGCUCUGAUGUCUUAUCGAUUUUAGGUACAUAAAUAGAGCGUCUAACGUGGCAGUCGAACAACAUCAUGAAAGGACUGCGUUGUUACAUGUCUCUAUCGCUCGAACUCACGUAAAAACUCAGACCAAUUAUUGUAUAGGACCUGUCUCGCUAAACGUUACUUUUCUGUCAAAGUAUAUGAUCAACGAUCUAAUGCGAUUAUAAAAACUGUCUCUAUAGAAUCGAUGUUAAAUAGUUGUAAUCGUGUUCGUCGGUUAAAAGAGCUCCGUAAAAAUACCUUUUUGUAUAAUUGGAUUGUGUAAAAAACUUCUAGUUUAAUAUAAGAUAUAUACAAAAUCUAAGCUCGUUUUCCUCAGAAAAUGACAGACAUCCUUCUGUAAUUGGUCUGAGCGUAAAAGUAAUCGAAUACAACAUGGAAUUAAAAAAGCCUCAUCUAAUAAAUACAGAGGAAUCGACUGCAUUGAUGGCGAUGUUUCAAUUGCACAUAUUGAACCCGCCUCCGGCGCAACUCGCGUCACGCGUUAGCGCAAAUUGCGCCGCACGCGUCAACGCAAGUUGCGCAAACAGUCGUGAGUCGGUCGCACUCCGACAGUUGCGAAUACGAUGUGACAUUUGUUCAGUAUAUGGAAUAAAACUGACAUUAGUCCAAAGAUUUAAGACUAUUAGAUAUGUCAGUAGCACGUCGAAACUAAGGCGAACAAAGAUGCCUAUGUGAGUUAAUUUCAUUUAACGAAAGUUAUUUAAACAAAUAAUAAGUACUUACUUAAAUUAUAAUUUAAUAUUGUCUACAUGUCAAAUUAUGUAUUAGGAAGUGUAAAAACUAUAUAUAAAUAUAUAUAUUAUAAUGUAGGUACGUAAACGCAAAAUUGUGCAUGUGUUAUGUGCGCUUAGUGGAGUAGGUAUUUAACUAAAUUCGAAUAUAUUUUUGCGGUGAUUUUGUAGGUACGUAACAUAUCUAAUAAUGAAAAAUCGUUGCGUUAGUGUAUGUGUGAAAUAUUUAUUUAUCGUGUUUUAGUACAACAUCUCCACUAAUAUUAUUGGAAUCUCGAUAAGGAAGUAGGUAAUCAAUUAAUCAAUCAAUUUAUUUCUUUGCAGAUACAUGCAUUAUCAUUAGGACGUGACCUGUCGUUAGCAAAUGUCAUUCCCAUACAUUUUUCUAGUUUUCGAAGCGUUUGCGAUCGUAGAAAGAGAAUCGACGAUGGCAACAGGAUGUAGCAUGUAAGUGGAGACGCGGUAUACAUCCUAGAUAGUGAUGAAUACUUAGAUUGUUAUUUAAAUAUUAUUAUCGCUCAAACGGGUCUUUGCUUUCCUUAUUCCUAUGAAGUAAAAGCCUUUAUCUGAGGCCGACAAUUUCGAGCCCACCACGUCAGUGGUGGAUUUAUCAGUAGGCCUAGCCUGGAGCCUAGGGCAGCAGAUUUAGGGAAAAUUUGACCCAAAAAACUUUUUCUUCUACAGAAAUCAAGCGUUACGAUCCUCAGGGAGCGUAGCGGAGAAACUGCAGAGUUGUGUACUGUGUCUGUCCACAGGAGCGGAGUGGAGUUGCAGACUAUGUUAAAUACAUAAAUGUUAUAUAUAAUUUAUUUAACCCCGCUCCGUUUCCCCGCUCCGCUUACUAGUUUUAUGUACCUAUAUGAAUUUUUAAACUAGCUCGCAAGUCCCUGUCCACUGAAGAGGAGCGGAGAUUUUAUUCAAUCCUAUUGGUUAAUAUUUCUCCGUUGUCGGCUCCGCUGCCUCGUUCCGGUUCGGUGGACUGGCAGUCUAAAACUGAUAUUAUUAUAUAAUGAAUAACAUUAAUUUGGACGGUUACAUAAUUCAUCAAACUGUGAGCCCAGCGAUGUUUAGUUCGUGCGCAUUCACUUGACAACUGGCCAUCAAGCACAACCAAACAAACAUAGUAUCAUCAUUCGAGUCAUGUAAAUACGCACGCGCUGUAUGUACAAUAUGGUCGGUCUCCUUCGAGUUUAGUUUCUCAGUAUUGCACCUACAUUGCCUCGCUCCCGAUCGGCAUUUAAUUUAAGGAUUUACAAUAAUUUCGUCACUUUUGAAUGAAUAUCUAUCAGUUAAGAUAACUAGUUAGGCGUUAGUGAAUAAUUUUAUGUAGAACUUAAUAUUAGGAUAUAAAUAAAAAUAAGUAUAGGGACAAAUGCCUUAUGAAAGCAAAAAGGUAGGGCAGAGUGGUUGGACGUUAAUACUUACAGAAUAGUUUAAGAAAUUGCCAAACAAUUGCAGAACUUGUGAUUAAUAAGAAAACAGGGUUUAAGUGAAAAUGUUGUGAGUAGUUAAGUUCUUAAGGUUCGUUUAUAUCUACAGACAUUUAGCGUGCCAGACACGUGCCGUGGCAGACAAAAUAAUAUUCUUUAAUACAGUGUUUAUUAACGUAUAUAGAUCUAUCGUAAUGCGGACGCGCAGAGUUGAUAGAUACGGGCCGCGCCCGGCCAGUAUUCGCGAAAAGAAUAUUUUAUCUGUGUGGUUCAUGUCUGUCAUAAAAUCUGAAUUAAAAUUGACAGCGCCUAACACAAAUGACAUAAAGACCGCCCUUACCAAAUGACGAUGAACGUCAUUAUGACAUUAGCGCCGCGUCUGGGGGACUUCUUUCAUGAAAAGGACUUUAAGUGUCUCUAUAUUAUGCUGAGCAGUGUGAAUAGACGGCGUCUGUGGGUGUCUGCCACGCUACUUGUCUGUGACGCACUGUGUCUGUAGAUAUAAACGGACUUUUAAGUUAUUGCGUACGACGUACGUAUAGUGUAAGUAUGUAUAAUUUAAGCGUAGGUAAUGUUGUCCGUGUGAUACUUCAGUAUUAGAUACUUUGUACCUCUGCGCUUUAAUAAACAAAAUAUUUUUUUUGUUUCAUAAUACUUACUACUUUAUGUAAAAUAAUUAUUAUGUAAGUCAGUAUGUAUGAUAUGUAUUGAUAAUGUUAUUAGCAAUUUGUAAGCUUGCAACUCUAGCACGCGGGCCCGCAAUGAAGGCCAUGGCAGGAGUACGUUACAAAUCUCAUUUGGUGCGUAAAAUACAUUUUUUAAAAAUACUUAAAAGUACCUAAAUAAAAAAAAAUUAUUGACA